AUGAAAACCGCGAUCGUUGGUUUCUUCGUCUUGCAGUCUACUUCAGUUCACGGAGCCUUUGAGGAGGCUGAGGGCGUCGAGGGCUGGGUGAAGGAUCAUAACUACUUUCGCUGUCUGCAUGGUGCCGGACCAGUUGAGUGGAGUACCGAACUGGAGGCCGAAUCUCAGCAAUGGGCUGAUCAUUUGGCUACUGAAGGCGGCUCUUUGGUGCACUCAGGCUCGUACUCGUCGGCUCCUUAUGCUGGGGAAAAUCUGGCUAUGGGAUAUGGCGCAGCUCCUAGUGUUUGCAAUGGCACUAACAGUGAAUAUAAUCAGCAUUGUGCUGUGUGGAAUUGGUAUAAUGAAUAUAAUGACUUUAUGAAGGGCCGCUGUGAUUCGUGGAAGGACAUUUCUGGGAUCGGCCAUUUUACUGCUAUGAUUUGGAAGGGCAUUGAUAAGAUCGGAUGUGCGAAAUCUGGUAACUACUACGUUUGUCAAUAUGGACAUACUAACUGCAUGGCUGAGGACCCUACAGGAGGCAGCUAUGGUGGUAUACAGUGCUUCGAUGGUGUCCCCUCUAGAAUUGCCAACUUCAAUAUUGGUCUAUGUCCAGAAGACGGCACAUGUGUGGGAUGCCGAGAUGAUGAAUUGGAGAGUGACGCUGAAGCCAGAGUAGAGCAAUGUGGGGCGGGUCCUGUUGAGGACACCCUAUGGGAAAGACCACAGGAGGUGCCAUCGACUGCUGCUGCUGCUGCAAACACUCUCAAUGUCCUAUUAGCCACUUAUGUUCUUCUAUUCAUCCAAAUACUCCCCGACCAUCCAUUUGCUGUAUAA